AAACAAUGGAUGUUUUCAAAAUCAUGAAAAAUGUUUUCGAUAUUGAAAUAAAUGUUUUCAAUAUCGAAGCAAACUGUUUGCGAAACCGCAACCACCUUGUUUGCGGCGCAAUUUUGUUUAGUCCGCCGCAGCCACAAUGCGUUACACUGUCAGGGUGUCAGAAUCAGCUGACUGCUCACCGCUCUUAAAACAUAAACAAACGAUCAAAAUCGUUUUGGAAGGUGGUGGCGAAUAUUUUUGCGAAAAAAUUGAUCCAGUUGAUGAACUCAAGAAGUCCAAACUGUACGGUUGGCAGUGCUUCGAGUGCGACAAGUUGGACGACUCCGACCACGAGAGCGUGGUCCCGCCGAAAGCCCCGCUCAAGUCCCGAACCCGGAACAGCUCGCUCGAAUUUGAAAAGUCCCCAGAGACUCCGGCGGAGAGUACCUCCGUCGUUUCCGUUGCGCCAACCUCCCAACCCAAACGACCCCGCAAGAGUGGAACCGGAGACAAUCCCAUGGAGGCAAACGGUAUCGAGACGAAAAAAAUGCUGCUGAAGAUCCCGAAAAUCGGCCAGGAACUGUCGGAGAAGCUUAGCGCGGAGGAAAUUUCGGUGGAGAUGUUGGCGCCGAAGGCGGCCGCACCGCAGGUUAACGAGGCCGUAAGAAGAAGGUCAAUACACCGAUUUCCCCAGAGGUUCCAAAGCAGGAGGACAUAAAACCCAAGGUUGAAGUCAUCGAAAUCCCGAACUCUGCGGUGUCUUCCGAGCCGGAGCAGCCAAAGGAAGAACCCGCUCCGGAGAUCCUGGAACCUCCCGCCAAACCCAUGGAGGUCAAUUCGGAAAAUAAGCAGAUGGAGAAGCUGAAGGCUCCUGCGGAACCGGCUUCAUCGGUUCUUGAACCACUUGUUGCCGCGAGUUCCCAAGAAACGCUCACUUCGGCGGAAUCGGCAACCACGUUGACAACGACCUCUAGUGAAUAGCUGGAACCACCUCCAGCCACCAAAGUGACCAUUGACCCUCCCCAAACAAGCUCCGGACGGCGUGGAAGUUCUACCUGCGGUGGAUGUCACCACAUCCGGCAAAUCUGGAACCGGCGACUUCUCCUCUUCAUCCUCGUCGCACAAGCACAACAAAAGGAAAAAGAAGAAGCACCGCAAUCGAUCCCCGCGAAGGAGCACAAGCGCAAACGGAAGCGGAAAAAUCGUUCCGGUAGGUUUUUUCGCGUCCGAUGGGGAGGCCAACCGAACGCGGAGUAAGAUCAUGGUAGUUGAUCAGCGGAAUUUCUUGUCUAGCAGAUCAAACCGGUGCUGGACUUAAAUUGUUCUGAUUUUAGGCGUCAUCCA